AUGGGUUGCGUCUCUUCCAACCUGCUAAACCAAGACGAAGACUUCACCCAACUGGGUAGUUCAGCACUCGGCCACCACAUAGUUUCUCUCACAUCCACCACCUAUGGUCUCCUCACACUCGACCCUCCACACUCAACCACCCCUUCCACCCCUCCCCCUCGCUUCACCCUCGGCUCCAUCUUCCCCACCCCGCUCUCCGAACCUAUGUCCCUGCCACGACCCAUCCGCUCCGAACCUGAAGUCAUCAACUCCUGGGAACUCAUGUCAGGCCUCGACGCUGACAGCUUCCGCUUCUCUCCCCUCCCUCCUCCCAAACCCCUCAUCAUCACCACCGACAAAGAAAACACUAACCCAAACCUAAACCGGUUCGCUCCUCCAACCGGGUCCAGAGUUUUGAACAAACCCGGUUCAGCAAAACCGUCGCUUUCCGAACGUUUCGAGAGGAUAUGUCCUCCAAACGGAGACAACAGAGUGGUCAUCUAUACGACGACGUUGCGUGGGGUUCGGAGAACCUUCGAGGCCUGCAACGGCGUGAGAGCGGCGUUCGAGGGUUUCGGGGUGCUGAUCUGCGAGCGUGACGUGUCAAUGGAUAGCGGGUUCAGGGAGGAGCUAAGGACAUUGUUGAAGGGGAAGGAGAGAGAGGCGAUGGUGCCUCCGAGAGUGUUCGUGAAGGGUUUUUACAUUGGUGGGGCUGAGGAGAUGUUGAAGGUUGCGGAAGAGGGUCUUUUGGGAGACCUGCUUGAAGGGUUGCCGAGGAAGAAAGUUGGGUCUGUUUGUGAGGGUUGUGGGGAUAUGAGGUUUUUGCCUUGUUUUAAUUGUAGUGGGAGUUGUAAGAUGGUGGUGGUUGUUAAGGAAGACGUUUCUGCUCCUUGCAAACAGGGAAGGACAGUUGUGGUGAAGUGCACUGAUUGUAAUGAGAAUGGGUUAGUGCUGUGUCCAGUUUGUAGCUGA